UAAAAACACAAAAACCCAACUAACGCAAUAUUUCUACGAAGUAAAUAUUGUUUUUUUUUUUUUUUUUUUAAUAUUCUCAGCUGAAGAUUAGAGCUUUUUUUCCCCUCGGAUUUGAUCUUCCAUGGCUUCCAAUGGCGCUUCUACGGAACAGGGAGUUAGGGAUGUGACGGAGAACAGUUUGGAAAAGAUCAAACGGCAGCUGGCCUCUGGCUCUGGUAGGAACUUGCUACAAGGUCCACUUCUCAAGCGAUCUGAAACCUUGAGGAAAUGGAAUGAACGUUGGGUGAUAUUAGACCCCACAACAGGGAAAAUGGAAUACAAGACUAGGAGGAAUGAGCCAACUGUUAAGGGAAUCAUGACGUUCAAUGAAAACAGCACCAUUGCCAUAUCUCCUGUUAACUUUCAUGGACUUCCAAAGUACGAAGGCUGCUGUUUCUAUAUUGGGACUCCCCAGAAAAAUGACUACUUUCUUUGUGCGGAGACUCCUGGUGCUGCAAGAGCUUGGGUAUCAACUUUACAUGCAACGCAGUUGGUUCUAAAGGCCCACAAAGAGGCUGUCAAUUCCUUAAGUGGGAAUGGUUCUGCAAAGUUGGGUACGGUUGCAACUGUAGUUGCUGCCGCAAAUUCAACAGCCAGGGAAUGUUCUAAAGAAAUUGAAGCGGCAAUGCAGAUAUCUUUGAGAAAUGCCUUAGGAUUGGUGACAAAUGUACCCACUGAUGGUCCAAUGGAUGACCUUACAAUUAUGAAGGAGACACUAAGAGUCAAGGAUGAGGAAUUGCAGAAUUUGGCUCGAGAUCUUCGGGCUCGUGAUUCAACAAUAAGAGAAAUAGCAGACAAACUUUCAGAGACUGCUGAAGCUGCUGAAUCUGCAGCAUCUGCAGCUCAUAUAAUGGAUGAACAAAGAAGAAUUGCUUGUGCAGAAAUUGAGUGCUUAGCAAAAGAUUCAGAAAAUCAAAAGGAAGUUUUCAUGUUAAAGCUGAGGGAGUCUGAAGAAAAGCUUGGGUCCCUAAGUAAAGAAAGAGAUCAAUUGAUUAGGCAGAGAGAGACUGCCAUGCAGGAGGCACAUAUGUGGCGUACUGAGCUUGCAAAAGCUCGAGAGAGUGCUGUGAUAUUAGAAGCAGCAGUUGUGAGAGCAGAAGAGAAGGUCAGAGUUACUGAAAUGGAUGCUGAGGCAAGAAUAAAAGAUGCAGCACAGAAAGAGGCUGCUGCGGUGAAGGAAAAGCAAGAACUUCUUGCUUAUGUGAAUGUCUUACAGGCACAUCUCCAAAGACAACAGAGUGACGCAAAGCAAAUAUUUGAGGAGAAGACCGAGUCUUCAAAUACCAGUAACAGUCCACCUGAUACGAAGAAUGUUGACUUGUCAGAGAAUGUCGAUAAAGCUUGUCUUAGCGUUUCUAGAGCAGUGCCGGUGCCAGGGGAGAGCGUAGUCCGCAUGGCAGUGGAUCAAGUCAACAUCCAACCAGUUGGUGAGGGUGAAUGGAGUGAUAUUCAGGCAACAGAGGCAAGAAUAGCUGAUGUGAGAGAGAUAGCCCCCGAGACGGAAGGAAGCAGCCAUGACAUUUCCGUCGAUAACCAAGCAAUCGAUAAGCACCAUGAGCAAGGAGCAAGCUCUUUCCGCCAGCCUUGAGAAAGCAUUCCAUAUAUACAGACGCUUCCGAUCAUAGGAAACUCAAGGUAGGUGAAAUGCAAAGAAAUCUUAUAGAUAUAUUAAAAUUUCAUCCUCCCUCUCAGUUCCAUAAAUUUAAGCUAUUAACAAACUGUUUGAUGUUGUUGUGGAUGCUAACCAUACUUGAAUACAAGGGAGCUUCUGAAAAAAAAAAAGAGUACAUAGAGCCUUGUAUGGAUUGUAAAUUUAACAGUAGUCUUAAAAUAAGGGCCAUGAUUUAUGUUUUUCAUGUUUUGGUACUAUAGAGGUCUUAGUGUAGUCUGGGAUUAUAGAGAAAGAACUGCAGAUGAUGGGAUUUGAACUCUGAGCCUAUACAUGUAUCAAGUGAGUUAAAUUCGGGGUUCGAUACUUUUGCAGCAAAAUGUUACUUCUAAAACAUUGUUUGGUAUUGAUAGACCAUUGUAUGAUUUAUAUGUGUCCUUUUAUUUCA